CCAGAUGAGGAGUGGCCAGAAGCGGAGAAGGCUGAGAAGUUGGCGAGAGGAGCCGCUCUGAAAUGGGCUUCAGGGGUUUUUUACCGCCCUGAGAAACUCGAGGGGCUCGGGAAGUAUCGGAGCCGAGAGAUGCAGAGGAACAGCUCCAUUCAGUCCCGGCUGAAGUCGACUGUCCAGUCCUACCUGGAGGGGGUAAGUGCGGGGCUGGAGCAGCUGCGGUCGGCGGCCCAGGAGGUGCAGAGCGUGUGCCAGGAGUUGGGGGCUGCGCGGUGGGCCCUGCUCGACAGCGCAGACCGCUUCCAGGGCCUCCAGCAGAUGCGGGCGCUGAUGGCAGAGCACGUGCAGCUGGCCUCGGUGGUCCAGGUGCUGCCCCAGCUCUUCUCGGUCCACGAGGUUUUUUCCCACACCCUGCAGCUGCUCCAUGGGCAGCAUCUCCUGGAGGCCCAUGCGGAGCUCAUGACGAUGGAGCACCUCCGGGAUGACAUCCUCUCCCAGCUGCACCUCCGCGGGCUCUCCAGUGCCCAGACAACGGUGCUGUCCUACUUCGGUGGCCUGCGGGAGGUCAAAGAGAGCCUGGCCAAGCAGCUCUGGGACAUUGUGGGCAGUAGCCUGCGGCUGGUGCACGAAGACCCGGUUCUCUUUGUCACCGCUGUAAGGAUCAUUGAACGGGAGGAAAAAAUAGAUGAUACUCUGCUCCUGGAGGCCACCUUCCUGCCCCCUGGCCGCCCAAAGGGCUGGCGGCAGAAGUUCUACCGCGUUCUCCAGGAAACCAUCACAGGAGCUCACUUCCAUGCCAUCCGCAUGGACGCCGAGGGGCCGGGGCUGGCCAAGCACCUGGUAGCACUGCAGAAGGAUAUCGUGGCUGAGCUGCGUGUGGUGAAGGACCUGAUGGUCCAGUGCGUCCCGCCUCACUACAACAUCCUCAGCCUCUGCACUGCCACCUACCACCAGGCCCUCGCCAGCCACCUCCAGGACAUCCUCCGAGAGGACCUGGACAAACAGGCGCUCUUCCUCCUCCUUGAGUGGGCGCUUCAUGUGUAUCACAGCCCAGAGAUGAUGGGUCACCCUGACCUUCUCCCAGAAGUGGACGUUUCUGCUCUGGGUCCCUUGUUGUCCCCUGAGCUCAUUGAUCAGAUGGAGAGGAAAUACGUGGUGAAAGUCAAGGCUAGCGUGCUCGAGUGGAUGCAGAGGACCCUGGAGGUGGAGUUCAAGGAAUGGUUUAGGGAAGAAGAACCUGAGACGGACCAUCAGGGCUUCUUCCAGUCAGCCCUGCCUGUCAUUGUCAUGCAGAUGCUGAAUGAGAACAUCCACGUGGCCUCCUUGAUCACAGACUCUCUGCAGCAAAAAGUCUACAACAUGGCCUUGGAGGAGCUGGAGGCGUUUCUGGGCCGCCUGCGGGAAGCCCUGGUGCAGUGCGGGAAGGAACACCAGAAGGACCGGACCCGACCCAAGCACUACGUCUCCUACCUGCUGGCCACGCUCAACAACAACCUGGCUCUCGGCUCCUCUGUCUCGUCUCUGCACCCCGACGCUGCCCGCAGAGAAGUCCCCACGUCCCUCCGGGCUGCUCUAGACAGGACGCAGAAGAAAGCCUGCCAGCUGCUGCUGGAGGAGCUGCUCCUGGACCUGCAGCCCCUCUGCCUGCAGCUGCCUUCCCGCAAGUGGCUCUCUGGGUCCCAGCUGGUCAGCAGCAUGUGCGAGGUGAUUGACAAAUAUGCAAAGGACUUCUCCCGCGUCAGGAAACCUCUCUACAUGCUCCUGCUGGCCGAGAGCGAGCUCCUGGUGGCCAGUCAGUACCUGCGGGCGCUCAUGCAGAAGAAGAUGGUUUGCAAGAGCGAGGAGGAGCGCGGGCAGCUCUGCGACCGCCUGCUGCAGGACGCCACGCAGCUCCGGGAGCUCUUCGGGGGCCUGGUGAGAGGGGCCGAGCGCAGAGCCGGGGCUGGGCUGCGGGAGGGGAGCAUCGCACAGCGGG